AUGAUUAAAUCAAUUAGAGGAACAGUAGAUCUAUUCCCAGAUCAAAAGAGACUGUACAACUUUAUAACAGAGACUGGUAGAAAGGUGUGUGGCAAGUAUGGCUAUAGAGACAUGUCUACACCGAUCAUUGAACCAUUGGAACUGUUUACACGAUCGGUUGGCACAGAGAGUGAUAUAGUGAUGAAGGAAAUGUACAACUUUAAAGAUCAAGGUGGUUCAAUGACAUGUCUGCGUCCCGAGGGUACUGCAGGACUGAUGCGUGCCUUUAUCAACGAUUUCAAUCACACUGUUCAACUACCACAAAGAUUCUUUUACGCUGGACCAAUGUUUCGUUAUGAACGACCACAAAGAGGUCGUCAACGUCAAUUUGAACAAUUGGGUUGUGAACUCAUAGGUGAAGAUCAUUAUCUUGCCGAUGUAGAAUCAAUUGAAACUUCAUUACAAUUUCUUGAUUCAAUUGGUAUUGAUCAAUCUAAAAUUCAAUUAAAAAUCAAUUCAUUGGGAGAUGAAGAAUCAAGAUCAAACUAUCUCAAAUCACUUAAAGAAUAUUAUGCAAGUCGAUUGGAUCAAUUGUCAGCAGACUCCAAGACACGUUUUGAACGUGGUAAUUUCUUAAGAAUACUAGACUCAAAGGAUGAAAAUGAUAGAUUGAUCAAUCAACAAGCACCAAAUAUUUUAGAUUUCUUAAAUGUAAAUAGUAAUCAAAGAUUUAAAAAUAUACUUUUAAAUUUGGAAAAAGGAAAUAUAAAUUAUGAAAUUGAUCAAGGAUUGGUACGUGGAUUAGAUUAUUAUAGUCAUACUAUAUUUGAAGUAGUUACAAAGAGUAAUGGUGAUUCAGCAGCAGCAGCAGCAGCAUCACCACCAUUGGCAUUGUUGGGUGGUGGUAGAUAUGAUAGUUUGGCAAAACAACUUGGUUACAAGGGUGGUGCUUUACCAUCGAUUGGAUGGGCAUGUGGAAUGGAGAGAUUGAUUUUGAAUCUUGGUGAAAAUGUAGUUCCAAAGGAACGAUUACCAUUGUUCCUAGUCACCAACAACAGUGGUCUUGUUGAUGAUCAACAAAAAGAAGCUCUCACUCAACAGUCAUUGGAUAUUGUCAGAUCGUUGAGAAAGGCCGAUCAAUAUGUCAUGACGAGCGAGUAUCAACUACUAUCUGGUGGAAACAUAUCUAAACAAUUGAAACGUGUAUCUGGACGUUAUCAAUCAAGAUAUGUCAUUGUCGUCAAUUCAGAAAGUCUACAAAACCAAACUGUCAGCAUUAAAGAUAUGUUGAAUCAUUCACAAUCUGAUCAAAUUCCAAUCAACACCUUGGAUCAACAAUUUAAUAAAUUAAAUAAUCAAUAA